UGAUGUUUCACGUUUGCCAACGACAUCCGGUUUACCGGCGAACAAGAAGGAGCCGGCUCAUCUGUUUUGAGAAAAAUCCAGUAUCAUCGAGCUUAUUCCAAAAUGAAUAAGAUCGUUUUGUGUUUGUUUGUUGUCUCUGCGUUUGCAUCUGUUUGGUGCAAAGCUGGACAAGAUUCUAUUGACUCGGGUUUGGUCGUGAGUAAAGUCGAUCGAAAGAUAGAUGCAGCAACUCAUCUUGUCAAAGUGUCGGCGUCACUCACAGUGGAAAAUAAUGGAAAUUCAGCUGUAAAAUCAUUUUUAUACGUCAUUGACGACUCCAUGAAGGACCAUUUAUCGUUUUUUGGAGCUAUGACGUCGGAUGAUGAUGAAAAAUUAGUGGUUGCACAAACAUCAGUUGCAGGUCACAGUGGUAAGCAGUUUUGGAGAAUCAACUUGCGUACUGACCUUGGGGUUGGAAAGACGGUCAAAGUUGACGUUGAUACAGUGUUUGCUCAUGCACUGCGUCCCUAUCCCUUAGAAAUUGUCCAGAGCGAGAAACAGCAGGUGGUAUUGGAAGGAAAUGUCUACUUUUAUUCUCCCUAUGUCACAAAGAGCCAGACAACUGUGGUGACUGUGGCAUCCACUGCCAUUGAAUCCUACAGCAAGUCUCCGAAGCCUGUCGCCGAGAGUGAAAAAACCAUCACAUAUGGACCCUAUGAAAAGCGUGAACCUUUUACACAGUCGGAGCUGAAAGUGCACUUUGAGAGCAGUGCACCUUUCCUUGCUGUGACAAGCAUGGAGCGCAUCAUUGAAGUGUCCCACUGGGGUAACAUUGCUGUGGAGGAGCACAUUGACGUUCGCCACUCUGGGGCUAAACUAAAGGGACCUUUCUCUCGCUACGAUUACCAAAGAAGUCAGGAUGGUGUCUCUUCUGUGAAAUCAUUCAAGACUGUUUUACCUGCUGCUGCCAAAGAUGUGUAUUACAGAGAUGAGAUUGGCAACAUUUCAACCAGCAACCUGAAGGAACUUGAUGACAUGGUGGAGCUGGAAUUAAGGCCCCGCUUCCCUUUGUUUGGAGGAUGGAAAACACAUUACUACAUUGGUUACAAUGUACCAAGCUAUCAAUAUCUUUUUAAUGAAGGUGACCAGUAUGCUUUGAAGAUGCGCUUUGUAGACCAUGUGUUUGAUGAUCUCCUAGUGGACCAGAUAACUGUCAAAAUCAUCCUGCCAGAGGGUGCAAAGAACAUGAUGCUGAGCACUCCAUAUGAUGUUGUAAGGGGAGAUAACCAACUUCACUACACUUACCUUGAUACCAUGGGACGGCCAGUGAUUGUGGCAUACAAGAGUAAUAUGGUAGAGCAACACAUCCAAGACUUUGAGCUGAGGUACACCUUCAAGAGGAUCAUGCUGCUUCAGGAACCUCUGCUGGUUGUCGGAGCUUUCUACCUCUUGUUCCUCGUUGUCAUCAUCUAUGUUAGAAUGGACUUCUCCAUUACAAAGGAUGAAGCCAAGGAGAGCAAGAUGAGAGUGGCCAGUCUGGUGGAGGAUGUACAGAGUGCCCAGGACAAGAGGAGUGCUCUCUACCAGAGCUAUGAUGAUGCUACUAACAAGUAUAAAAGUACUAAGGAAGCCCCUAACUUUGCUGCAAGUAGAAAGAAAAUAGACGGAGACUACCGUCAGCUUACUCAGCAGAUACAAGGGUUGCAGGGCCAACUCAAGUCUGAGGGGUCAGAUCUAGCCGAAAAGGUUGCUGAGCUCCAAAGACUUGACAGCCAGUAUAAGGAGCAGAUACAGCAGGCCAUCAAUGCUGCUGAAAAGCUGGUGCAGGGCAAGAUGAAUAAGCAAGUCUACAUAGAUUCAGAAAAAGUUAACACCACUAAGCGCGAGGAACUCUAUAAUAAAAUGGAAAGUUUAAGAAAUGGGCUUUAAAUUAAUUGCUCAUUAGCAUAUGCUAAUCAUUUCUAGUAUUGGCAUUUAUAGGACACUAUAAGUGUCAUGAAGUAACAUAUUUAAAUGUUUGGUGUACAUUAUUCAUCCAAUCUCAACUUGUACAUUAUUUGCUGAAAUAAAACACUGUAUUUUUAGUUUG